GUUUUACCAGCAGGUGACCAGACAGAGGUGGGUGAAAAUGGCGUGACACUCAGUGGGGGACAGAAGGCUCGAAUAGCCCUGGCCAGAGCCGUUUACCAGGAGAAAGAGCUUUACCUCCUUGAUGACCCCCUGGCCGCUGUUGAUGCGGACGUAGCCAACCAUCUGAUGCGGAAAUGCAUCCUCGGAGUUCUCAAGCACAAGACCAGGAUCCUUUGCACCCACAGGACAGAGUUUUUGGAGAAGGCCGAUGCCUUGUUGUUGAUAGACAAUGGCAGGAUAGUUAAGACAGGCACGCCAGCUGAUAUCCUGCCGCUCGUGGAAGCCUUCCCCAAGUUCAGGGAUACGGACAGGAGGCGGAAGGAUGAAGCUCCUGAUGAAGAGGGCCAGGAAGAGGUCGUAGAGAGAGAGGCAGAAGAAUCAACCCAAACCAGUCACCUCAUCAACAAGGAGGAAGAGAAGAAAGAAGGGGCAGUGACUUUUCAGGUGUACAAGGCAUACUGGCUGGCAGUGGGCAGCUGCUUGGCGUUUUCUAUCCUCUUCUCGCUCCUCCUGAUGCAAGCCUCCAGAAAUAUCUCAGACUGGUGGCUUUCACACUGGAUCUCCAGCAUAUCCCAGACAGCAAAUACGUCUGUGAUGGUCUGCUCAGCUUCCCCGCCUUCCCCAGAGCUGCUUCUCUUCUCCAUUGUUGGGCUUGUCUCCCCUGUUCAAGCUCUGGACACCACUCCAGUCCCUUCCAAUGGUUCACUGGAUGUGAGUUUCUACCUGAUAGUUUAUGGGAGCAUCGCAGGGGCCAACUCCCUCUUCACCAUUCUUCGGGCCUUCCUCUUUGCCUAUGGCACUAUCCGUGCUGCCACUGUCAUUCACAACCGACUGCUCCAGAGGGCUCUAAAGGCUACAGUCACCUUCUUUGACACCACACCCACAGGCCGUUUUUCCUCAGACCUGUACUGCGUGGAUGACAGCCUGCCAUUUGUCCUCAACAUCUUCCUGGCCAACAUGUACGGGCUCUUGGGCAUGCUGGUGAUAAUCACCUAUGGCCUCCCGUGGAUUGGUCUGGUCUUACCCCCUCUGGCCGCCCUCUACUUCUCCGUCCAGCGCUAUUACCGGCGCACGUCCCGGGAGCUGAAGCGCCUUUACAGUGUGACCCUGUCUCCCAUUUACACCCACCUGUCGGAGACCCUCUCCGGACUGAGCAGCAUCAGAGCCAUGAGGGCAACGCAGCGGUUUGAGCUGGAGAAUCAGCUGCGCCUGGAGCAGAACCAGCGCUGCCUCUUUGCCAGCAACACGGCCAUGCAGUGGCUGGACAUCCGCUUGCAGAUGAUCGGGGUCGCUGUGGUUACUGCCAUUGCAGGCAUCGCCAUCAUCCAGCACCAGAAGCAACUGGGAAAUCCAG